AUCACCUUAGCAGUGCAUUUUACCAGUGUGACCUUUCGUUGCCAGUGUCAUUCAGCCAUCUGUUUACGUCGUGACUCGUAACUUUAUUAAAAUGAGGCUCUCCCUGGUUUUGGCUUUCUUGUUUUGCUGUUGUAUCCUAUUGUGCGGAAGCGCGUCGGGAGCUUCAUUGAGAUCGAAGGGACGCAACAUGGGACGUCAGGGACGCCAGCUGGGCGUGGGCGCCGGACUGGGCUACGGUGGACAACUUGCCGGUCUGCAGAGCCAACUUCAAGGAAUUUCAUCCGGCUACGGUUACGGCUACAAUAAUGCCGUGGGAUUAGGCGGCCUGGGCAUGAACAACGGAUACGGAUUGGCGCUCCCGUUAGGCGGCCUUAUAGGAUGAAGAGCCAGUCGCCGCCUUUCAACCGUGACAUGCAUCCUUCUUUUCGUUAUUUUCUUGUCCGGGUUAAAAUGGGCUGGCCUAGUUUAACGACCGAUACACGGUGAUGCAGGACCGCUGAAUGCGUGUCAAGUUCGGGCUGGUUCCGUGUUAUCUCA